AUGGCCAAGCCUACCGUUCUCAUCGUCUGUACCCUCGAUACGAAGGGCGAAGAGGCUCUCUAUCUGCGUGAACAGAUCCAUCGCAACGGCGGAGGCGCAACACUAAUUCUCGACGCGUCUCAUACUAGCCAGAACGUUCAACGCUACCGAGAGUGGUCUGACGAGAUCAUCGCACCCUGUCUGGAGCAUUCCCAGGAGCUAUCGACGCUACCGCGUGGCAAGUAUGUCGACAAGGCAAUCGAGUUGUGUCUCCCUCCGGUCAAGGACCUCGUCGAGAAAGGACAAAUCCAUGGCAUAGUCUCUGCGGCAGGCAGCACUGGCUCGUCACUGGCUUGUGCAAUCAUGCGACGAGCUUGUCCGAUCGGCUUCCCUAAACUCAUGGUGUCUACAAUGGCAUCGGGUGAUAUCAAGCCGUACAUCGAGGAAUCCGACAUCACGAUGAUGUACUCUGUCGUCGACAUUGCUGGCCUCAACUCGAUCUUGAAGAGAAUUCUGGGCAACGCUGCCGCAGCGAUCGCCGCUAUGACCAACGCCUAUGCACAGUCCCUCACAGCCACUUCGCCGGGCACCGAAUCGUCCAGACGGGUCGGUAUAAGCAUGUUCGGAGUGACUACCACAGCCGUUGAGCACAUCCGGAAGCUGUUGAGCUCACCACCACACCAAAUCGAAACAUAUGUCUUCCACGCGACAGGUGCAGGUGGUCGAGCCAUGGAGAGGCUCGUUGAUGAAGGCCAGCUUGAUGCUGUGAUUGACCUUACAACGACAGAAAUUGCAGACGAGCUGUUUGGUGGUGUCCUGACGGCCGGACCUGACAGACUUGAGGCGGCAGCGCGGAAGGGCGUACCAUAUGUGGUAUCUGUUGGAGGCAAGUCAGCCUUGAAUUAUCCGAGCAUAUACUGA